AUGAAUUCCCCUUAUAAAUAUCCUUACAUAUCAGAACCAACACCUGAUGUCUCAAUCAAUUAAGGGUUUGAUUUACUCUGGAGAUAACAUUCUUUAAAAAUAUUUUGUGCCAUCACUAAAUUUAUUUUGAAACUAAAAACAGCUGCUGAACGCUAUCGAUUUAAAACUGUUACAUAUAGAAUACACGAAAUUAUUGGAGACUAAUCAUCCAAUUAUGAUUUUUAUUAAGACAAAAACUUAGUCUUUUCAAAAAUUUCAUUAUCUCAAUCAAUAAUUAAAUACUUCAAUUCUAUAAUGCCACAAAUUUAAAUUGGAGUUAUUUAACCUGACAGUAAACUUAAGUUACUAUUGGAUUGCUGCAUUUUAGUUUUUGUAAUUAUCAACAUAUUUUAUAUUCCUAUGGAAUUAUCAUUUAAAAUCGAUUACAACUAAGAGGUAGAUUUUUUUUUUAGUACUUUACCUAGUUACAUAUUCCUAUUGGAAAUAUUACUUAAUUUUAAUACAGCUUACUAUUCAGAGGGCAUGAUACAUGAAAGUAGAAAAAUGAUAUUUAAGCAUUAUAUUAAAGGAGAUUUCAUUAAGGAUAUAAUAGUUGUCAUACCCUUUCUCAUAUCAUAGUAUAAUAUUCCAUAUAUCAAUUUUGUCCUCCUACUAAGAGUGACGAGAGUGACUAAGAUGGUUGAGCAAAUUGAGGAAAUCACAUUAAUAAGAGAAAAAUUUGCUGCUCCUUUAGAUAUAAUAAAACUCAUGUUUUUUAUGAUCUUUGUGUCCCAUAUUUUUGGGUGUGCUUGGCAUUAUGUUGGUCAGUAUGAAAUUACAUAAGAAAUAGAUAAUUGUUGGUUAAUUAAGUAUAAUUUAGAUAAUUCUGAUUGGGCCACCAGGUACGUAGCAUCUCUAUAUCUUGCUACUGUUACAGCCUUUACUGUAGGUUAUGGUGACAUAGUACCAUAGACAACAUAUGAGCAAGCAUUUUUGAUAUUUAUGGUACUUGUUACAUCUUUAAUUUUUGGAUAUACGAUAUCAUCGAUCUAAACUAUAUUUGGGUAAUUAAGAGAGAAAACAGAUUUGCAUAGGAAUAAUAUGGCAAAAGUAAAUUCAUAUAUGAAAAAGCAUAAAUUGAAUCCUUUAUUGUAAAUGAAAGUAAGAAAAUAUUUAGACUACUUUAUUGAUGUGGAUGACAGCCCAGAGCAAUUAUUAGAUAAAUUGAAUGAUGACUUGAAAUUAGAACUAAAGUCAAAUAUAUAUGUUUAAGUGAUGAAGACCUGCUCAAUUUUUUCUAGAUUUUCUGAUUAAACAUUAAAAUAGUUAAGUAAGGUAGUGAAAUCUCAAACUUAUAUACCUGGUUCAAUAAUUUUCUCAUAAGGAGAGUUUAUCAAUACUGCAUGCUUUAUCAUAAAAGGUGUUGUUGAGUUCAAUAUCAACAAAGUCUCAAUUGCAACCUAAUACAAAGGAUCAUUAGGAUCAAAAGAAUUUAUUUCAUCAGAACAAGCACACUACCAUGCCAAAGCUACUCAAUUUACAGAAGUGGCAUAUAUAACUUAGUAAGAAUUUUUCAAUGUUCUCAAAUCAGAUCAAAGCAGUUAUGAACAAUAUUGCAGUUUAAGGGAUGAUAUAAUAUUUAAUCUGAUACCAAUUUAAUGUUUGAUUUGUAGACGCACUCAUGAACUAAUGAAUUGUCCUAUUGUGUUUUAUAAGCCUCCAUAAUUAAAGAUAGCAUAGGACAAGAGUUUAAAUGUGAUUUUGGAUAGAUUUCCUCAAUCUAGGAAAAAGCAAUUGAAAUCUAAGGCUAUUACUAGGAUUUAAGAAACAAUUGAGUAUGCUUUAGAAGCUGCUUUUGACUAUGGAAUUAUUCAGGAAGAAGUGAACGAGGAUUUCCUAAUGAGGUGUGGAUAUAAAGAGAAAAAAUAGGGACAAGUCAAUCCUAGUCAUAGUUCUCAGAUUGAGACUGGGAAACAAUAGAUGGAUUUGUUGAAGCCUCCGAAGAUGUAUAAGAAGAUAUUUCAGUCGAGUGAAUAUAAUUAAUCAGAAUAUGCUUAAAAUGAUGAUGAGAAAUAAUUGGAGUAGAUUCAUAAGGAAUUUUUAACAUUCAAAAAGGAGGAUAUUGAAGGGAUUGACAAAAAUGAGGAGUUGGUAUGUUAUAGAAAAAAGGAGAAUUUGAGUAACAUCCUUAACUGUUUAAAAGGGAAUAAAUACAAAUUAGAAAAUACUAGAAUAACUCGAAUGAAAACUUAUAAGUUUAAAUCAUUUCUCAAGUUUGGGGUUAAGUGA